UAAGUUGGAAUACGUUACUGAAAGUCACGUUUUAGAGUUUCAGUUGGAAUACGUUACUGAAAGUGACGUUUUAGAGUUUAAGUUGGAAUACGUUACUGAAAGUAACGUUUUAGAGUUUAAGUCGAAAUACGUUACAGAUGGUAACGUUUUAGAAUUUUAUAACCCAUUAGCCGCACUUUCCCUCACCUUCUAACCUAAAUAAACCCUAUUUCAGAGAUUUCCCCUUUUUUCAUUCCCUCGCUCUUGCUGGUUCUCGUCGUUAAGGUUGCCGGAAAAGGGGAUUCACAAUAUUUCAGCGCCAUAAGUAUUUCGAGAGGUAGUUUCUUUGCUUAAGGUAUUUUUUAUGGCUAAUGAUAGUGAAUACAAGUUGGAUCCCGGUCCAUUGGAAUCGAAUGUAUUAACGGGACAACUUACUCAUAGAUCACAAGAUAUAUGGGAAGGAAAUGUUAAUAUGAUUCUUAAUACGAGGAGAGAAGAUGGAAAUUUUUGGAAGCUCAUAGAGAAAUAUCCCAUCCAUCCACGAGUUCUUGAAGUAAUUAGGUUAUCUGGAUUAUAUGGUGUUUACAAAUCUAAUCGGCCUGCUAUUGACCGUAGUUUGAUCACUGCACUAGUUGAGCGUUGGCGUCCCGAAACUCACACUUUUCACUUUAGAACAGGCGAAGCAACAAUUACCUUGCAGGACGUAGAGGUGUUGUAUGGAUUACCUGUGAAUGGUGAUCCAGUACUUGGUAAUGAAAUGAUAAGGACCAUAGAGGAUUGGCAAAACAUUUGUCAAAGAUUAUUAGGUUUUGUUCCUUCUCGUGAAGACUUCAAAACGAAUUCCAUCAAGGUCGCUGCAUUUAAUUCACACAUGUUAAGCCAGCCACAUUUGUCGAACAUGGCAACACAAGAUAUGGUUAAUCAGAAGGCAAGAUGUUUCAUGUUCUGGAUGAUUGCAGGUAUGAUGAUGGCGGAUACAUCUGGUGGUUAUUUGAAGCUUAUGUACCUGCCUAUGCUCGAAAAUGUCGAUAAAAUUGGAUCUUAUAGUUGGGGGAGUGCGACCUUGGCAUACUUGUAUCAUUUUCUUUGUAAAGCUUCACAGAGUACCCAAAAUGAGAUAGCCGGAUUUUUGCCACUACUUCAGAUUUGGGCGUGGGAGAGAGUCACUGUUCUCCGUCCUCAAAUAGUAGCCCACAGAGAUGCGAGAACUAUUUCUCAUGUUGGUUUGCCUAGGGGUCCGCAUGCUACUAGAUGGUUUGCACAUCUUAGUUGGACGAAUACUACCAAGCAUGUGUUGAAAGUUUAUAGGGAUGCACUUGACUCUAUGAUAGAAGAUCAGUUUAUUUGGGAACCGUAUUCCGAUGACUUAAUUGAGAGUCUUCCUCUCUAUUGUCAUGCUGGACGAGACAUAUGGCGAGUUAGAGUUCCAAUAUUUUGUUGGGAUGUGGUCGAGGUUCAUUUGCCAGAUCGUGUUAUGAGGCAAUUUGGACUACAACAAGCUAUACCAACUCCGUUUCCAUUUGAUUCCAACCACUUUCGCCAUGAUCGUCGAGGAAGACCAAAUACAAAUUGGGAGUUGGAACAUGCACAUUGGUUAUCAUUUUGGAACCAACGUCUCCAAUAUAGUUGUGAUGCACCGGUUAAUAAUGAACCACUUCGCUAUGAUGAUCCAUAUCUUAUUUGGUUCAGGCGCAUUACUCGUCUUGUUAUUGGUAAUCCUAAUUCACGUCCUCAAAAUCAACAAGGUUAUGUGCCUAAUUCGACGGCAUAUGAAACUAUGGUAUGCCAUUUAUUGUUACUGUUGUUUAGUGUUGUUGCUGCCAAGUGA